GAACGAUUCCAUUCCGUCCUCCUCCUCUCCGCGUGCGUGCGUUUUCCAGGCUAGUAGUACGUACGCACGCCAUUAGUGCGCCCGAUUGCGCGUCCCGCACCGUCACCCGCCCGCCACCAUUCCACCAUUCACACCGCUUCUCCUUCUCCCUCCCCUCUCCCUCCCUCUCCCCUCGUCGCCGCCUCCCCUUCCCCCGUAGUAGCAGCAGCAGGAGUACUUUUCUCCGGAUCCACCGGGAUUAGCAGACUACUAGGCGGCCCUGUCUCUCUCUCUCCCGGGAGGGCGCGAUUUGGUCACGUGUUCGCCCCUUGAUUCCUUCUUGGCUGCGGCGGCGGUCCCGCUGGUCUUCCUCCCUUCUCCUCCUUUCCCGCGCUUAAUCCGCUCCGCGUCCCCUGCUGCUCCAGUCGCUCCGGACCGGGAGGAAAGGUCGAAAUACUCGCGGAGCUCACAGUUCUUUGGAAAGAUCGACGGACCGGAAUCAGGAGCGCGCUUCUUCCGGUGCCAGUUCUUGGAGCAGCAGUUCUUGGGAGUCGCUCGGGUUCUUGUGAAGCUGCUUCAGGCAUGGGGAAUUUCCGGAGGAGAGGCCCGGCGGCGCUCUUCCUGCUCUGGUUCCUGGCGACGGGCUUCGAGCUGUGCGCGGCCCUGAAUCACGAAGGUCUUGCGCUUCUGAGGUUUAGGGAGAUGGUAGAGGCUGAUCCGCGCGGUGCUCUGGCGGAUUGGGAUGAAGGGCACGCUAGCCCUUGUUCUUGGUUCGGCGUGCGGUGCUCGGAUGAUGGCCGGGUCGUAGGCCUGAACUUGUCAAAUCUUGGUCUGAAAGGCGUGUUAUCUCCUGAGAUUGGACAGCUUAUUAAUAUGCAUUCUCUUGUACUGCACAAGAACUUGUUCUAUGGUAUUAUCCCUAGAGAGAUAGGAGAUUUACGGGAGUUGAAGGUGUUGGAUCUGGGGUACAAUAACUUCAAUGGAUCAAUUCCAUCAGAGCUAAUAAACAUUUUAUCCCUGGAGUUUAUCUUUCUUAAAGGAAACAGACUUUAUGGUGAUUUACCUCUUGAGCUAAAUGAGCUCAUCAGUCUUUGUGAGUCUCAGGUUCACCAAGGCAGGGCUUUGUCAAAUAGGAUGCCCACUGCAAGGGGUAAGGACAGCGCUACAACCAGAAGACUUCUAGCAGGCAAACAAAAUCAUUCUCCAAAGAACGAGAUGCUUGGUUCUGAAAAUUCUGUAUUAGAACCAUCAGAUGUGAGCCCUUUUUUUAAGCUCCAUGAACCCCACAAGGAUCCAACACCACCAGUUUCGCCCCAUGCCCUGACACCACCUCCUCCUUCUGAACCUGCUCCUUCCCUUGCCUCUCUUGCAUCUCCCAACAAAAACCAAACCGCAAGCAAAGGGAGCAAGAGCAAGAGCGGGAAGAGCAAUGUGACGAUAUAUGCAUUAAUAGGAGCAGCGAUUUGUUUUGUGGUUCUAUCCUUGUCAGCUGCAAUAUUUAUUUGCUACCGCCGUGGGAAGGCUAGCAGUGUUGUGCCCAUGUCUUCAAGUAGGGAACUGCAGACCACUAUCCUGGGAGGCAUAGCUUUAUUCAGACGGUCAGAACUUGAAACAGCCUGUGAAGAUUUCAGUAAUGUAAUCGGUACGCUACCUGGAUGUACAUUGUAUAAAGGAACUCUCCCAUGUGGAGCUGAAAUAGCUGUUGCGUCUACACUGAUAAAACAUGCCUACGGGUGGUCUGCUAUAGCCGAAGCACAAUUCAAGAAUAAGGUUGAAAUGUUGUCGCGGGUGAACCAUAAGAAUUUCCUGAAACUUGUGGGUUACUGUGAAGACGAAAAACCAUUUACCCGGAUGAUGGUGUUUGAGUAUGUUUCAAAUGGAUCACUAUUUGAGCACUUGCACGUUAAUGAGGCAGAGCACUUGAACUGGCAGUCGCGCCUGCGGAUGGCGAUGGGAGUAAUAUACUGCCUUUACCACAUGUACCAGCAGUAUCCUCCUGUGAUCCUAAGGAAUCUGAACUCGUCGUGCAUAUACCUGACCGAAGACAACGCUGCAAAGAUUUCAGACAUCAGUUUCGGCGAUGACUGGAAAGAAGGCGAGGACGAAUUCGAUGAGCCUGAAGAGUGCACCAUAGUGUAUAGGUUUGCCUUGCUUCUGCUUGAGACGAUCUCUGGAAGGCGUCCGUUCUCCAAUGACACCGGCCUCCUGAUUCUGUGGGCGCACCGGUACCUCACCGGCGAAAAGCCCUUGACGGGUAUGGUCGACCCGACACUGAGAUCAGUCCCCUUGGAGCAGGUAGCGGCGCUGACAGAGCUGGUGAAAUUGUGCAUAAGGGAUGACCCCUGGCGGAGGCCGUCGGUGGGGGAGGUCACCCGGCGGAUGCAAGAGAUCACUGGGUUCUCUCAGGAUCAGUCGACCCCAAGGAAUAGCGCAUUGUGGUGGGCUGAGCUUGAAAUCCUAACGGUAUAGAGAAAUGCUAGUUCGUUGUGGAAUUGCCUUGAAGCCAUUCUGCAGUCCAUUUGGUAGAAGGAUCAGAGAAAAUUGUACAGUUUGGUUUUCUUACUCUUUAGGCAGGCAUACAGUUGUACAGUUAUGCCUGCACCGCUCACUCUAUUCUUUCGUUCUUUGGUAGCAGAUAUGUUUUUUUUUCCUUGUUAAAUUUGACUAGUGAAAUCCUGAAAGAGCUUGUAAGGCGCAAAUAUGUGCCAAACAUUUGUAAAUAAAGUUUGAAAUGUGAUGAAA